UCUGUAAUCCCAAAUCGGAAUUGAUCUCUUCUAGUUCUAGGGUUUCUUCGUUUCUCAAAAAUGGCUACCGUACUUAGCGAUGAAUCGAUGACGAAACGAGGUUUAACGAAGGAUUUAUGGGAGUUAGAAGAGGACGCUGACUCUUGUUCUCGCAUCAAAAAGCAAAAUGUCGAGGAGGAGGAGGAUGAAGACGACGAUAGCAGCGAUAGCGAUGGCGAUAGCGAUGUAGGCAGCGACAGCGAGUGGGCUCAGUACAGCUACGUUUCGGAAAGAGAACCAGAGUGGGAUGUCGAUAGCUUUGAUGGUCGCGAAUUCAAAAUCAACCCCAGGAUUCGUAAAAUGUGUUCCAGCCAGGAACUUUAUGACAAAUACUACAACAGCAGGCUUAAGGCUUUCGAGAGUAAGGGUUUUCUUCCUGAUCCUCUAAGCGGAAUCUACAACCUUCAUAUAGAUAAGCAGAACGGUGAGAGGGAUUUAAUUGCAGAUCUUGCUAAUGUGUGUAUUAAGAAAUUCAACGACUCAAAGAUAAAGACUUUGGAAUUGGUGAAUGUUGUGAGGGUUACUGUAAGUGGACAAGCUAAAUGGAAGCUGUACAUCACGUUCAUGGCUCGGGAGUAUCCUGAUGGGCCUCUUGUUGAGUACCAAGCCAAGGUGUUACAUUUUAUAACGGAACCCGAGCUACUUCCUUUCCCAAUUCUCUGCAGACCAAGUCCUAAACUAGAAAUCUAGUUCUUCUGUUGGUCUUCUUCUUGUUCAUUGUGUCUAUUUCGUCAUGGGAUAUAGCCUAUAGGGGAAUUUUUGUUGUCUGUCUGUUUCUGCCAAAAUUGUAAGGUAGACAUGUAUUUCAAAUUUAUAACUAUUAAUGUUUCUGACUAAAUUGCAGUGUGGUAUGUUGACGACAAGCUAGCAGAGACUGAGAAAUUAUAUUUUACUUUCUUAGGGUCA